GUGAGCGAGUGAGAAAGCGAAGAAAAUUCUAGAGUACAACAUUUCAUUGUUAGUGGUUUGUGUCUGUGGUACUUACAUUAAGUAUCGACAACAUUUGAAAACAGCCCAAACAUGAGCCUAAAGCCCAAAGGAUUACAAAAAUUAUUCUUUCUUGGGAAUAGUUCAUGAUAUGGCUAAAAGAAGUGUAUCUUACUUUUAUGAUGAAGAGGUUGGCAACUUCCAUUACGGUAUUAAUCAUCCAAUGAAACCCCAUAGGCUUGCUCUUACCAACAGUCUGAUCUUAAAUUAUGGGCUAUACAAAAAGAUGGAGGUUUAUAAACCAUAUAAAGCAACUCUUCACGAUAUGUGUACAUUUCAUUCAGAAGAUUAUAUAAAGUAUUUGGAAAGGAUAACAAGCAAACCAAUUUUCCCCAAAAAAAACAUAAACCAUUUCAAUGUUGGUGAUGAUUGUCCUGUCUUUUCUGGUCUCUAUGAAUUUUGCUCUAUAUACACAGGAGCAUCUCUUCAAGGAGCAAUGCAGCUAAACCAUGAGAGUUGUGACAUAGCCAUUAAUUGGGCCGGCGGCUUACAUCAUGCAAAAAAAUUUGAGGCAUCUGGAUUUUGUUAUGUAAAUGAUAUUGUGAUUUCAAUUUUAGAAUUGUUAAGAUAUCAUCCACGUGUUUUGUACAUUGAUAUUGACAUUCAUCAUGGUGAUGGUGUUCAGGAGGCAUUCUACUUGACUGACCGUGUAAUGACUUUAUCUUUUCACAAAUAUGGAAACGGGUUCUUUCCUGGCACAGGAGAUAUGUAUGAAAAUGGUGUUGACAAUGGUCGAUUUUACUCUGUCAAUGUACCAUUACGGGAUGGCAUUGAUGAUCAUGGGUUCUUUAGCUUGUUCAAACCAAUUGUGAGUGAAGUUGUUAACAAAUACCAACCGUCAUGCAUUGUUUUACAGUGUGGUGCAGAUUCACUUGGCUGCGAUCGAUUAGGCUGCUUCAAUUUGAGUAUAAAGGGUCAUGGUGAAUGUGUAAAGUUCACAAGAAGUUUAAAUUUACCUCUUUUGGUUCUGGGCGGAGGCGGGUACACGAUAAGAAAUGUUGCACGUUGCUGGACGUACGAAACUUCGAUUUUGUUAGAUCAUCAAGUUAGCAAUGAAAUUCCUGUCGAUGAUGAAUAUUACGAAUAUUUUGGGCCAGACUUUUCUCUUCAUCCCGAAAUUGGAACAAAACACGAAAACCACAAUACUAAACAGUACCUUGAAAAUAUCAAACAAACAGUUUUUGAGAAUCUAAAAAUGAUUUCGGGAGCUCCGGGUGUUCAGAUGCAAGCUGUACCUGACGAUCUCUUAUCCAUUGAAGACAAUAGAAAUGGCAAUGAUGACAACAUUAGAUCACGUGAUUAUCAUAGAAUGAAUAACGAGUUCUAUGACAAAGAAAACGAUGUUGAUAAGGAAGAUGGUUAUGUUGAAGUAUGAGAGGAAAAAGACAUUAGGUGUUUGAAACGUUGCAGUAUCCUUGGAUAUUACAUACAUCUGUACGUGACUAUAAAUUACUACGUCGAAUGGCUCUUGAAGACGUUAAAAAUAUGGGCAAUUACACGCUACCUCCUGCCAGAAUUGGAGUUUCCCGUACGCCUUUGACGACAAAGAAGAGCGGCUGGCUGGGCAUAGCCGCGCUAAUAAUUUUUCCAUCAUUAGAAAUGUGAACUGAACAUCCUUUAGCCUCAAAGUUCAUUUUGUGGGGAAAGAUUAAAAACUUUUCUUGAAAUUUUGUCACAUGUAAAUUUCAGAAUUUUCGUAAAGUGCAUUUUCUCAAAAUGGAA